UAAAAAUGGCGACUUGGUGGCCAUGAGAGUUUUCGCAAAUCUUCGUAAUACAGCGCCAAGUUUGAACGAUCUGACGGGUUUAGACUCUUAAUUUUUUGUUUAUUUUUGUAUUUCACUGAAAUAUCUUUUCCUUUUCGAUAGUGACUGAAACAUGAGCAACUUUCAAUUUGAGUCCUCAAUCGACAAAUGCCUGGAAAGGCUCAACGCACCUCUUGCAAACUGUACAACACCCUGUUGGAAGAGAAAGCGAUGCAACAGUUUGAAUACCAGUGUGCCUUUGUCUCCUUAUAAUGGAAGUUUAUCCUCAAGAACGCCGUAUAAAACGCCGAAACGUAUAAAACCAGUCGGUAAAACACCUAUGAAAACACCACGAUUGAAGAAAACACCGCACAAAACCCCUGUGAAAAAUACCCCGCAGUUUGACCGUUUCAUUUCCACCAGGGCAGUAAUGGAUAACGAGAAAAACUAUUUUAAAAUCAUGAAUGACAAAGAUUCGGAAUUUGCAGAAAAUGAACAAAAUCUUGAAGUACUCGAAAGAACUCGUCAAGAAAAAGUGAUCAAAGAGAACUUAAACGAAGAUUGUAGCUCAAGAAUCCUUCAUUUUAAGCAAAGUGCCCCAGCUGCUAGAGAAGGUUACCAAAAUAAUCUUCGUGUUGUAUACAGCCAAAAUCGAGGAUCGUCCAAAGUGAAAAGUUCUCGUUACAUUCCUAAAGUUCCCGAAAAGAUUUUGGAUGCACCUGACUUGAUGAAUGACUUUUACUUGAAUUUGGUCGAUUGGGGUUGCAACAACUGUAUUGCGAUUGGCCUGACUUCUGGUGUAUAUUUUUGUAACUAUGAAACUCAAUCAACAAAACAAGUUCUUCAAAUGCCCAAUGAUGAUUAUGUAUCAAGUGUAUCAUGGGUAAAAGAUGGGAAUGUCCUAGCUGUUGGAAGCAGUAAUACAAACAUACAACUGUGGGAUGUUGAAACAGAAAAAUGCCUUCGAACUUUAUGUGGUCAUUCAGGGAGAGUGGGAUCUCUUGCGUGGAAUUCUUGCAUACUCACCAGUGGUGGCCGAUCUGGCAAGAUAAUCAACCAUGAUGUAAGAGUGGCACAGCAUAUUGUCUCAACCUUAAAUGGCCACUCACAGGAUGUUUGUGGAUUGGCAUGGUCAUCAGAUGGUCGCACUUUAGCAAGUGGUGGUAAUGAUAAUCUUGUCAAUGUAUGGUAUCCCCUCAAUAAUUGUGAAGAACCUCUACAUUCAUUGACUCACCAUCAAGCUGCAGUCAAGGCUGUAUCUUGGUGUCCUUGGCAACGGAAUGUGUUGUCAACCGGCGGAGGUACUGCUGAUCGCUGUAUACGUUUUUGGAAUGUAACUUCCGGAUCAUGUCUCAAUACUAUUGACACAAAGUCACAGAUAUCUAGCAUAUUAUGGUCGAAGGAAUUCAAGGAGCUAAUCACCAGUCAUGGCUUCUCGAUGAAUCAGCUGACCAUCUGGAAGUAUCCGACAUUGAGCCGGGUUGCAGAUCUUACAGAUCACGCUGGACGAAUCCUUUGUAUGACGAUGUCUCCUAAUGGAGAGUACGUUGCGUCUGUUGCUGCUGAUGAAACCCUUCGAAUAUGGAAAUGUUUUGAUCAAAGUCAGUUAAAGAAACGAUCCACAACCGUUGGUCUUGCGAGGAGUUCCUCAAAAACCAAUCUUAAUAUGAUAAACAAAAUUAGGUAGUUAAUAUGAGUUAUCGGUGAUUCCAUUUUGAAGAAUAUUAAUUUUCUCGAUAACAAGUGGUAAAUGUUUUACAAAACACUCUUUUCAACAUAAAAUCCUAUCAUUUAGCUGAACUAGCAAUCUGCACAUGUUAGGAAUUUUCACAGACCCGAGUUUUCAGAAAUUUAAAAAUCUAUCAAACAUUGUGUUUACCAAAAAAAUUUGUUUACCAAGACUUGGAAUGGUGUUUUACGCUUGACUGCAAUAUUCAAUCCCUUGUUUCCGAUAAGUUUCAAUCCUUACGUAUAUGCAUCGAUUUUCUUCAUUGAUUUAUAAUAAAUGUAAUACAUCUACGUGUAUGCAUGGAACGUAGAUUGACGUUUUUUUGAUAGUAUUUAAUCGUUGAUAAGUCCUGCGGAAAGUCGGUUUCUAAUUGGCUUACUUCCUAUAGAAGAAAGUUUGUUCGAACUUGACAAAUAUAGAGCGUUUUCACUUGAUGGAUAAUUUAAUCGGGUUCUUUUGCUAAAAAGACCAAUAUGGCUGACGUGUCUUUUGUUAUGUUGAUAUGGGGAUGAACGAUUGAAAAUGCUCUAGAGCACACAUACAGUUGCAAGAGUAAUUAACCAUUACUGGAUUUUGCACUGUUCAUGAUUAUGUAUAUAAUACUUAAUAUAUAUUUUGUAAAUUAUUGAUGUAAGCAUAUGUAAGUAAAUAAACAUUUUGCACAUAGUUCAACAUAACUGCAUGCAAUUGGACAGCAUAUUUUAUUUCUUUCGUAAUGAUACUAACUUUUUCUACAUAUUUUUACUAUUUAUUUGUAUUCUUUCGUGCCACUUAAUGCAUCCUGUUAAUAUUAAAUUCUAUUCAAAUUUGCUA